GCUGGUGCAGGCCAAGCGCCAGGAGCUGCAGCGGCAGCUAGCCAAGGCGGCGGAGAGGAGUCCGUCCAGCCCGCGCCCAGCGGCCCGGGCCCAGCCCGAGGCCACGCAGGAGACCAGUCGCGGGGCCGCGAUGACGUCACGGAUGCGCAGUGUGCGGACCUUGCUGGUGAAGAACCGCUUGCAGAUGCUGAAGAGGCAGCGCGAAGAGGCUCCCGAGGCGGCCUCCAGCACGGGCAGCGCCGCCACGGGCGUCUUGGAGGUGGAAGAUUCUGAAAGUGAAAGCCGCGAGAGCCGGAAGGGGAGCUGCGAGGGGAGCUCGAAGAUCUCCAAGCCCGAGCAGCCGCAGAAGGAGGAGGACCUGCAUUGGUGGGAACAGGAAAAGCUCAAACCACGGAGGCAGCGACACACGCACGUCAAGUACAACGCACUGGCUGACCCAGAGCGGCAAGUGGUGGCGGUGGCAGGGGGGGACUGGGUGCACGCAGCGCGCGACAUUUCCGAGUGGAGCCGGAUGGGGGAGCAGUUUGUGUCCACGUUUGAC